ACUCUAUCAGGCCCACCGGUUCCCUAGCAUUUGCUCCUAAACAACAACAUGGAAGAGUCUGAAAAAAACUUGACAAUAUCGAGGAGACGUCAAGCCCCUUGUUGACACUAUAUAAGACUUCUCCAAAGAGACCAAACGGGUCUUCAUCAUAAGAAUUACCCGAGCAAGAUAAAGAAUAGAAAUAGUAGAUUUGAUCAGAACAAAAUGGCGAGUGCUUGGGCUACGGCGAUCUCGAUGCUGAUGCUUAGGGUCUUGGCAACCAUGUUUCUGGCUGCUUCGAUGGCCCUGAUGAUCACGAACAAGUACACGGACAGUAACGGGACUAAAACAACCUUCAAGGAUAUCAUCGCAUACAGGUAUGUGCUCGCAACUGCGGCUAGUGGAAUAGCUUAUGGAUUGCUGCAGCUGCCAUUUGCAGUAUACUAUGCUUACACCGAGAAGAGACUCCUACUCAAGGAUUACAUGCCGGAGUUCGACUUCUACGGUGACAAGAUUAUCAGUUACUUCCUGGCCUCGGGAGUUGGCGCGGGAUUCGCAGUGAGCUUCGAGCUCAAGAGAUAUGUCGACAGAUUCUUUUUCUUCAGGGGCUUGCUGCAGCUCGCGGAGGAGGAUAAAUCGAAGGCGGAUAAGUUCCUCGACCGGGGAAGCAUAGCGACUGGCCUAAUUGCGGGAGGAUUCCUCUGCAUGGCUGUUGUUUCGGUCCUCUCGUCCAUGAACCGCACCCUGCGCAGCAGAGGAUUCUUCAAGUAAUCGGAAUCCCUCCGGUUGAUCGAUCAGACGGCUGUAAUUAGUCUUUGAAAUUCGAAAAGAAAUUAUUUUUGGUUUUAGGUUUUUAGGAUUUUUAAGGUUAUUCGUUUGGUAUGUUUCACGCAGUAUAAUAAUUUGUAGUUCCUCAAGGAAAAAAAGGAGCAUAUAUCUCUAA